CUACAAAAAAGUCAUUUUAUAGAAUGCGUUCAAUAAAUUUAUAAGAAAAAGGCUAAUUUCAAAUAAAUGAAUCGUUCAACAUGCACCAUUUGCUCAGAUUUACUGACACUUACUGAUGUAGCUGCAUGCCUUUGUGGACAUACAUUUCACUAUCAUUGUUUGGUAGCUUGGAAGGAAUGUUCACCUACUUGUCCACAGUGUCGACAUAAAUUUACAACUCCUAUAAAGUUAUUUUUUGAUCUAGCAGUUACAGAUGACUCAAAUGUCGAUGUCUCAACAUUGAAGGUUCAAAUGGAUGACUUGAAAAUUAAUCUAACUUUAAAAGAACAAGAGUGUUUAAAAAUUAAAGAAAAACAGUUGUCAUAUGAAAAAGAAAUUAGUUCUUUAACACAUGAGUUACAGAGCAUGAGUGAGCUUUUGCAAAAUGCACAGGGACACAACAGCAUUUUAAAAAAACAAAUAUCUUAUUUGGAAAAAGUCCAAUCAGAUUAUGAAAAAUCAAAAGCUGAAGUUGUUUCACUAGAAAAGAAACUCAAUAGUUUUGCAAACAUCAAUGUAUUAGUUAAAGCUGAUCGCCAGGAAGUGGAAUCCAUUUUAAAAAACUGUGCUGACUCAUCAGAAUCUCUUAUUCAGAUAAAAACAUCGUAUAUUAUUUUAAAAAAUGCAUUUGAUAAAUUACAAGAUACAAAAAAUAAACUAGAAGCUGAAAAGAAACAAUUAAAACGACACGUUGAAACAUUAGAACGAGAGUGUCGUGAACAUCGAGGAAAAGUGGACUCUCUAACCACAGAUGUGACUCAUCUAAAUGAAAUUAAUAAGAAACUUAUGGAGAAAGUACAAAAUCUCGAAUGUUCAUUUAAUAUUUCCAGUCCGUUUAUUCAACCGAGCAAAAAAAAUAUUGCUGAAAGUUCAAGGCCGGUGAUUAAACGCUCUCGAUUUUAUGAUGAAGGUUUUAACGAUAAAAACGAUAAAAACACUACUAUAGAGUUGUUUGAUGAUAGCUCGGACUUAGCAAGUUGUUUUCACGAAAAUGACGACAUAGAGAUUGCAGAGUUGUACGGCUUGAAGAGCGUUGCAACGACCAAUAUGGCUGAACAACGUGUUCCAUUAAGAGAUAUAAAAUCGUCAAAGCUUAACAUAAAACUGCAUACCCAAACAACUUCAUCCAGUGGGCAUUUAAUGCCUCAAGGAUUUAACGGAAUGGGUGGUCAAUCGCGGGUGUUAGUGUUACCCAAAAAGAGCUUUUCUACGAUAGCCAAAACCUCAGCGGCUAUUAGAAACGCCCGCAAACUACCAAAAAGUAAGAGCAAGCAUAAUUUAAAAGAAACAAAAAUUCCCGAUUUUUUAGGAAGUCCUAUUACACUUAGUCCAUAAAAUUAUUCAUAACGCAAUUUUUGUAUAUACUUUAUUUAUUAUAACGUUAAAAUCUGA